AUGCUGCCUCAUGGUGCAAACCAACAAGGAGCGUGUGCGCAGCCUGUUGCAGAGGAGCAUCACAUUGGUGUGUUGCCAGCAGCAGGUGCAGCACAAGAAGAAGAAGAUUUUGACUUCUCUUCUUUGGAUGAGGUUUUUGCACUGGAGAGAGAAGAGCUUCCGCUCAAGAAGGAGGCUUCAACACAAACCGAUGGUCAAGGCGACACUGAGGGAUUCAUCAGGUGGCUGCGGCAGGAGCUUGUCAGCGCUCUCAGAAACUGCUCCAGAGCAGAAGUUUCACUUGAAGUCGAGAAGCGCUGCAGCAGGGACCUGCAGCAACAGAAACUGCAGCUGCAGAAGGAACUGAACCAUUCUAAAGCUCAGCUGCAGGAACUGCAAGAACGGCUGAUGCGGAGCGAGUGUUAUGCCGAGGCCCUGGAGAGUGCCAUAAAGAAUAAGGAGAGGGAGCUAACAGCUGCCAGGAACCUGCAGAGCCUUCUGGUCACCUCUUCUGGAACUGCAGCUAUCCCAGAGCUGGAAGAACGUGUGCAACAGCUCCAAGAUGGAAUGGCCAAGCUGGAAGCCGCAGGCCGGCAACAAGCCAACACCAUGGAAGCCCUUCUGAAAGAGCUGCGAGCCUCUGCCUCACGUGGGAGCGAAAGCAAGGAAUUGAAGAAGCCGGCUGUGAAGAAAGGCCAAUUGGAAGCGAUUCUGGAGGAAACACAGACAAGUAAUGGCACCCUGGAGGAAGAACCUAGCGGCUUGGAAACGCUUCUGGAGGCAUCUCAGACAAAGCUGAUGGAAUAUACAGUGAGGAAGAGAGAGUCCCAGCCCAGUUUCCAGAGAGGCCUGAAGAACAGCUGUUCUGAGGUGGCCAAGCAAGUUGGUAAACAGAGAAGAAAGGUGACAAAAGGAGUCUCAAUGGCCUCCCGCCUUCCGGAUUUCCACAGAACUGGAGGUGCAGUUGCAACAACACAUGCAGCAGGCAAGAUAAACCCAGGACCUGUGAGAAGUUUUUCUGCUUUGCGUGGGACUCAGGAACAACCAGUCUGGAACCUGGGCUUAGCCUCAAAAGUCAUUCGGGACUCCCGUGCCACUGCUGAGCCUCCAGCACCAUCAGCCCUGACAAGAUGCCAGAGCAGAGGAAGUGCCGGUGCCCGAAACCAGGGUGGUCGCAAGAGAGAGGAAUGAAGCCUGCAAACCUUCACAUUCCAUCUUGUGCAGCCAUUGCCCUGCGUCUGGUGCCAGCUGUACUGUUGCAGCGUGCUAUUUAAUAAACUGUGUCGUCUAGUCCGUGUCUUCGUUUUGCUGUCCAAUUGGAGUGCUUGGGACCUCGCGGGUUUGGAUGAGGACAGUCCUAUCUUUGAAGUCUCACUCAGGCUCUCAACCCAUGCAGGCACUUAGCACGUCUCUCUCUGUCCUUGCUCGGAUGGAAUAUCAGUCGUGCAGACGCCUCCACGAGGGAACACACAUCUGUGUCCUUUUCCCCUGAGGAGGCCUGAGACAUGGUUGUACUCGGGUCGGGGACUUGCGCUGACCUACUGCUAAUAAUCAGUUACCAGACUCUUCCUGCCACCCUAGAGCAAUCCUCCUGGUGGUCUGGGCAGAAGGUGGUGGUUGAGCUUCUGGUAGCCAUGGAAGCUUUGCAGUUCCCAGAGCGAUCUGAUGGAUUUGUUGCCCGCCGAGGGGAAAGGUGCGAAGAAGUGAGCACAAGCUGGGACGGGGGAAUGGCACCUCAGCCAAAGGAAAACACUUUUCUAUUGUGAGGGUGGCGAGAGAGCGGUGUCAGGGAAAUGAAAUGGAUUCAAGUGACUCAGAAACAUAAGGAAAUGCACCCUGUUGACAGGGUGCAGAGAUGGAGUUUCCAUAGAACUCCAUCUUUGUCUUUUUUGCCUAAGUCCAGCUUUUUCACACCAACUUUGUUCUUCACAUAACAUCUGGGUGAAAGGUGGUGGUUCAUAGAAUCGUGGAAUCACAGAAUGUCUUCAGUGUGAAGAGACCCACAAGGAUCAUCAUGUCCAGCUCCUGUCCCUGCACAGGACAACCCCACCGUUCACACCAUG